GGCAAUGGCGUUCCAGACCAAGACCAAGAAAACAUGUAAACAAGUCAAGACGUUGAAACCGGUCUGCCCAACCCCCUAAAACCACUGAAGAAAAGUAGAAGCAGUAGUAGGAGGAAAAGAAGAAGUGGAAACCGGUCACACUGAACAAAAAGAAGAGGAAGAAGAAGAAGGAAACAAUAUGAAACUCCUGUGGGCCUUCUCCCUGCUUCUCGCCUCCUCCCCCACAGCUCUUGCAGACAUCAAUGAAGCAGUCUCACCAACGCUGGAGAAAACACACACCAACAACUGGGCUGUUUUAGUGGACACAUCCCGUUUUUGGUUCAACUACCGUCAUGUUGCCAAUGUGCUGUCCAUGUAUCGCUCGGUCAAGAGACUCGGCAUUCCUGACAGUCAGAUCAUACUGAUGGUGGCAGAUGACAUGGCGUGCAAUCCCCGCAACCCUCGGCCUGCAACUGUGUUCAACAAUGCCCACCAGCACAUCAACGUGUAUGGAGAAGAUGUGGAGGUGGACUACCGGGGCUAUGAGGUUACAGUUGAAAAUUUUGUGAGGUUGUUGACGGGCAGACUGGCUCCCAGCACGCCGAGGUCCAAGAGAUUGCUGACUGAUGACGGCUCCAACAUCCUGAUCUACAUGACAGGUCACGGAGGAGACGGCUUCCUCAAGUUCCAGGACUCAGAGGAGAUUACCAAUGUUGAGCUGGCGGACGCUUUUGAGCAAAUGUGGCAGAAGAAAAGAUACAACGAGAUUCUUUUCAUCAUUGAUACCUGCCAAGCAGCCUCUAUGUAUGAACACUUCUACUCUCCCAACAUCCUGGCCAUCGCAUCUAGUCUGGUGGGGGAGGACUCGCUUUCGCAUCAUGUGGACCCAGCUAUAGGAGUGUACAUCAUUGACCGCUUCACUUACUACGCUCUUGAGUUCCUAGAGCGGGUUACCCCGGACAGCAAGAAAACCCUCGCCCAGUUUCUUCAAGUGUGUCCCAAACGGGUGUGCAUAUCAACAGUUGGAGUUCGGCUGGACCUGUACAAGAGGGACCCUAAUCAUGUUUUAGUGACAGAGUUCUUUGGGUCUGUUCGUAAUGUGGAACUGACAACAUAUGUUCUGGACCUGCCAAAGUGUAAUGGACUGGGACAGAUAGAAAUCAUCAAUUCACUUCACACAGGAAGCACCAACUCUGCAAAGCAGCUUCACUAUGCCAGCCAACUUCCCCUGCGCCAUUCCUGAAUUAGCUGGAGACAAUAAGUGUUUGGGAAGUCAACUUUGAAGAAAAACAGUCAGUCAUUGAAAUUUAGUCAUGGAUUAGAAGGCUUGCUGGACUUACUGAAAAUUUUGCAGACAACAAGAAUUUAUUUAUCAUACAGUUAAUGUCAUCAUCCCAUUCUCAUUGUGCAUAGUUUUAAUGUUUGUGGUUAUUAAGAUUUUAGCACAUCA